UUUUUGCGCUCUUUUCAUUUUAUUGUGACAUAUCGUACAAACAACACAGAAUACACAGUUGAUGAGCAAUCCGAUUUGUUUAUCGAUGAAUUCUUACAUUUUCUAUUACUAUUUCGGAAACAAAACAUUGCAAUAUCGCCAUAAUGACAAAAAGGCCACCGAAUGAGGACGAGCUGACGUUUGAAGACGGUGAUCGUCAGCUAAUGUUUGGAUGCUUACCAUUCCACAUAUUUCGCGACCAGACAAACAUUGAAGAAUUGGUCAUCCGCAUUUUCAAGCAGAGUAAGAAAGAAGAUAAAGAGCCACCCAAUUUUCAUAUCAAACAGAAAAUCAACUUGUCUUAUCAACAUUUGCUCACAGCUGCAAAUCCGUGGGAAAAUAAGUUUCUGAAAAAACUCGAUUUCAAGUGGCCAGCUGGAGAAAAAAAGCAUGCCACUAUUUGGAGAUUGGAUAAAAAGCAACGGGAAAAAGUGCAUCAGGAAGCACAGGACUUGCAAAGAAAGUUUAUGUACUUGCCACGUCAUGUGUUAAGGGAAUCAACUAACAUUCUGCAAAUAGCGGCAAAAUCACCAAAACAUAAGCCAGAACCCUUUUUCAACUGGAUGUUUGAAAAAUUUUACCAAAAAGCUGUCUGGGGACAUACCUUCAUAUAUGGAUUGAAAUUCAAUGACGAAAAAGAGAGUAAAACAUCGUCAAGCACUUCAAAGACGUCGAAGAGCGAUAACCAAGAAGAACAGAUCGAACCGAUUGCAAGCACGUCAAAACAAGCUGAUAAAAGGGAAGCUGAAGCUAGACGAAAACGAACUGGUACCAAGCUGAUAGAAGAAAAAGUGAUAGAAACUAAGCGAAAGAAGAGUGAUGACACGAAAAAACCAGACGACCAGUCGAAACGCAGUACACCAAAGCAACAAGCUUCUAGAAAAGCCAUAGCCACACAAAAGCAAACCAAUGCCAAGCAGAAAGAGGAUAAAUCAAAGGCAAAUAAAAAUGUGGACAAACAAAAACAAGCCGAGCGCAACGAAAAAAUCUUAUCUAGUACACCAUCGAAACAGAGCAAACAAACUAAACUGUCGAAUACAAACAGACCGGAAGAAGCCGUUACCAAAGCCGUUGUCAAUAGACCAAAACAAACUGAAGCAACCAACAAAAUCGAAUCUAAUGCAUCUACAUUGAUGCAAAGCAAACGGAAAAACCAACCAAAUCCCAUUGGAAGCACAUCAAAGCAAGCAAUUUCUAAAGAAAAACAAGCCGAUCUCAAGCGAAAGCCAACCGAUGCUGUUAUACCAAAACGUCCACAUGUAUCAAGUCAGAAAACGAUUCAACAACAACAAAUCAUACGAAAAUCAAAUCAAGAAAAAUUACAUCAGCGCAAAGCAAAAUAUGCAGAAGAAAAUGGUCCAGCUAUGACUAGUAACCGAAAAUUAGUUCAAAGCACACUUCCAGAAAUGAUGCAGUCCGCUAAAUCUUUGCACAAUUCUAGUAUAAGUGUUGGCCAAUUAAAUCUUUCCACGCAAAACAACUCGGCAGAUGUUGUUGCAAAUGAAAAAAGACAACCACAAAUCGAAAACAAGGAAGUGAACGAAAAAACAAAAUCGCAUGAUAUUCAAUCCACAUCGAAACAAUCGAAUGGCAAUGUAAAUUCAAAGGGAAAUUUGGCGUCAACUCGAAACAACGAUAUGAACGAUGACAUCGAAGGAGUUAAAGUGGAAGUCGAACCUCAAUUGCCAGUGGGAAAAAAUCGUUCUACCGAACGCGCUGGAAGCAAACAACAAGAAACAUGGCAACCAAGUGAUUUCCAGAAACAAGUUAUUGCAAUGGAUUAUGAUCAGUUUGCGCAACAAACAAAUGUUUGUGAUUUGAUUCGAGAAACCUUUUUGAGGACGAAAUCGAACCAAGUAUUUACGAUGGAACGGCUGGAAUUUGGAUUGAAGUUUCUCUUUGAACAGAAAAAUGACGACAGAAAAGGGAAGAUAUGGAAGAGGCCACCUUUCAAAAAUUUAAAAUUAAGCUGUGAGUGUCGACGAAAUAAAUUAUGUGUUGACAAAUGGACACAAAUCGAAACAUCACUCACUUGUGAGAUGUCUACUCAAUAUGAUGCAAAUGACAUUAAAACAAGUUCACAGAAUGAAAUGUCAUUGAAUGACAGUCAAUCCAAUCGAUUAGCCGCGCUAUCGAUUCACAAUAUUGCUGAUGCAGAAAUAAUUCAUUUUAAAUAUGAGUCACAAUGUGAUGAAGAAGUUUCGAGUUCCCAAGAUUAUGAAAUGGGCGAUGUACGACCAAAUAUGCAUGCUGUUGCAUCACAAACUGACAUGAUGACAUCGGAAAACUCUAACGAAGCUGAUGAAUCUCAAUGUACGUCAUCGGAUAGUGUGACGGCCUCAGGCCAAGAAAAAUCGAUGCUGCCACCCUCACAACCGGUCUCACUUCAACAAAAUACAUUUGUGGUGUCAUCUCAAGCUACCAAUGUGAUGCUAUCGCAAAACUCUAACGAAGCUGAUGAAACUCAGUACACGUCAUCGGGAAAUGUAACGGCCUCAGGCCAAGAAAAAACAAUGCCGACACCGUCACGACCGAUCUCACUUCAACAAAAUCCAUAUGUGGAUCCAUCUCACGUUGCCAAUGUGAUGCCGUCGCAAAACUCUAACGGACCUGAUGAAGAAACACAAGACACAUCAUCGGGUAGCGUAAUUGCCUCAGGACAAGAAAUCGGGGCGCCACAACUCUCUCAACAAAUUUUAUCAAUUGAUCAAGUUCGAUGGUCUGAAUUCAUUGAGGGUGAUAUGCCGAAUUUACUAGAUUUACAUGAACUCAACGUGAAUCCAUUGACAAUGUCAGAAGCGGCCAGCGAUCAAAACACAGAACAUCAAGCCAUUUCACAACUAACUAACGAUCAAAAGAUGGUGGUUGCUAGAUCUCAAGCGAUUAAUAAUGUUCAAAUACCUGCAAUUGAUUCGAAUCAAAAUGAUGAUGAGAUUUCAAUUUCUGAUGAUGAAAUUGAUCAACCAAUAAUGGUGCAAAAAGAAGAGCCGCGUUCUUCAUUGGAAUAUCAUUUGGGUGACGACAGUGAUGUGGAAUGUUUGGGAACACCCCAUGAAACACCUGAAGUAAUUAAUGAUUCAGUACCAUCGCAAGAAAUGUGUCUGGGAUUACCUAUGGGGAGUCAAUCGCAAAAUCUCGACGAAAAUCUACAAAGCCAAGCGAUGCCGAUUGAUGAACGUCAAUCACAAGGCUCAAUUUUGAUACAAACAUCAACAUCGACUGAAAGCAGUGGUUCAUCAACAAAUAAAUCGCCAUUCAAAAAUGUCGCAAACAUUCAACCAGCCCGAACGGCAAACAUUGAACUGUCAAAACCAGCUCCAUUCAAACGGCCAAUACUACCAGCAUCAGCACCAGCAAACUCAAAAAAGCGUCGUCUCCCAAACGAUGAUGACUUGACAAAUAUUCCAGUACCAAAAUAUUCAUAUCCCCCAUUGACAUUCAUAGGCCAACCAAGUGACCAAGUAUAUCAAAACAAACCUGUAAAUAAUCAAGUGCCUGCCACAAACAAUAAAGAACCAUCACAACUAUCACCGGACAGCUCGAGAAAUUAUAGCAUUGAAGAUAGCAGUUCUAGUGAUGAGCAAAAUUCAGCAACAAACAUAAGUAUGGUUUCUGAUUCUUGCGUCGAACGAAUAAAUUUACUAAACCAAGAUAAUACUUUGUUUCUUGACAUAAACACACAACAAAUCGCAAACAGUGAAGCUACUACGUUAAAUCAAAUAAAUAAUCAACCUCAUUCAACAACAACACCAAUCAGCAUAAAUUCCAUUCAGCAGUCCGAGAACGUCAAUUCAGGACCGUCUAGACUAGCCACAUGUCAAGAACGCAUCGAAUAUCUGUAUCAUAUUGAUAUACAAAGUGUUGAAUCGAAUUUUAAAUCGAAGAUAUUAUCAUCGGGAGAACGUGUACAAGAACUGGAUAUUAAUACAACACUACAAUAUCAAUGCAAUGGCAGCAAUCGUGUCGUGGUCAAUGGUGAUGCUAUUCGAUUAAUCAUGAAACUAAAUGACAAAGAAUGGGAUGCAGUGUAUAAUACUUUAUUGGCUCUUGGCGAAUAUAAAUAUGAUUCGAAGAAUCCAGAGCACAUCAACGGCACUAUUUUGCAUCUCACAUUAAACGAACUAUUCAAAACAGCACCAAAGAUUUCAAACGUUCACAUUACAUACGGUGAUCAUGAUUUAGAAACGGCCAGAGUUUUGAUUGAACCAAAUCAUACAAAUGAAAAUCUUACAGCAGCCAUUGACCCAUAUGUAUUAUCGAUGAUGGAAGCCAAAGCAAAUAUAUUUCAACAGCAAAUAGAACAUAAUCAACGAUAGAUACUCAAACUUGUAUAAAAUGUAUUUAUAUUAGUCCUCUUGUGUGUUGUAGACCAUCUAAAAACAAUGAAUCUUUUCUUUUUAA